AUGGAUAACUUUAGCUUUUCAAGCGAAGUGGACAUUUAUGUUGACAACCGUAAUGGAUCCACUGGGAAUUCUACAAGUCGAUACUCUCUGACCACCAUAAUAGGGCUUGCGGGGCUAGUAAGCUUCCUCAUCUUGUUUACUAUAGUGGGAAAUGUGCUGGUUGUUAUCGCUGUUUUAACGAGCAGAGCUCUCAAGCCACCACAGAAUCUUUUUCUUGUGUCCCUGGCCAGUGCGGACAUUCUGGUGGCCACUUUGAUAAUACCCUUCUCUCUGGCCAAUGAAUUAAUGGGCUACUGGUUUUUUGGGAAAGUUUGGUGUAAUAUCUACUUAGCACUAGACGUUCUUUUCUGCACAUCAUCUAUUGUCCACCUGUGUGCCAUAAGUCUGGACAGAUACUGGUCUGUAACACAAGCAGUUGAGUAUAACCUCAAGCGAACACCUCACAGAGUGAAGGGAAUGAUUGUGGUGGUCUGGCUGAUUGCAGCUGUGAUCUCCUUCCCACCACUCAUCUCCAUGGACCGUAAUAAUGAGGGUGAUGAGAGUGAACCACAAUGCCAGCUGAAUGACCACACAUGGUACAUCCUCUACUCCAGCAUCGGGUCAUUCUUCGCCCCAUGUGUCAUCAUGAUCCUUGUUUACAUCCGAAUAUACCAGGUGGCUAAGACAAGAACCCGAAAUAUGUCUGAAAAACACCGUGAUCCAGAUGGCGGCUCAGGAACGCCACGGCUGGAAAAUGGGUUGAGCCGCAAGGAUUCUAGGCGGGAAAACGGACACUGUGCCUCUCCGGCACCUGGGGAAUGUAGAACAGGCGAGGAUGACCCAGAUGCUGAGCUAGAGGACAGCAGCUCAUCUGACGAGAAGUCCAAGCGGAUGCAAAAUGAGACGGCGCACAAACGAAAAGACCGGCGAUCCAGCCGCAAGAACAGCUCCAUCUCCAAGCAUUCUAGCCGGAAGUCACGUGCCAGUAGCAAGUCCCUGGACCUGUUUUCGUCUCGCAGAAAGAGGAGAAACACCAUCUCCAGAAAGAAAAUCUCACAGGCACGAGAGAAACGGUUCACCUUUGUACUGGCUGUGGUCAUGGGUGUGUUUGUAGUCUGCUGGUUUCCGUUCUUCUUCAGCUAUUGUCUGCAUGGGAUCUGUCGGAAGCCCUGUGCCAUCAAUGAGACCCUUUUCAAGUUUUUCUUUUGGAUCGGUUACUGCAACAGCUCCCUCAACCCUGUAAUCUACACCAUCUUCAACCAGGAUUUCAGGCGAGCUUUUCAGAAGAUCCUGUGCAGGUCCUGGAAAAGGGCUUUUUAG